AUGGCAACGGCUCAAGGGAUGCCAGAUUGGAAACCGUUUUCUGUGCGGCCAUUCUACAUUAUCCUCUUGGCCAUCUUGUCGGCGGCACUGGCUACCGCCCAAGAACUACUCCUCCAAAAGUCCCGGAUUAAUGAGAAAAAAGGCAAUGGCCUGAUUCAUUAUAAUACGGAGGCUGAGAUUCCAAUCGGCCUGUUCAUUUGCUGGAAAUAUGUUCCCACGAUUGUCACUGUCGCAUAUGGCGUUAUGUGGCAGGUAGCCGACUAUGGAGUCCAACGCAUGGAGCCUUAUUACCAACUUUCGGGACCCACUGGGAAUACGGGUGAACGAACCAUUAACCUCGACUAUAUCACCAUGUUCGCCUACUUUGUUCCGUAUCAGGCGUUCCGUAAUCGCCACUGGGGUGUCCUUAUCUCCUCCAUGGGGACUAUAUUUGCCGCAACUGCGGCCCCGGCGCUGCAGAGUACGAGUAUCCGGACCGUGGAAAAUCCCAAAUGCCAUCAAGACUACCCAACCUACUGUGAUGGCGAGUACAGGUACUUUCUCCGUCUUGAAUACGGCUGGUCUCGUGCGGCAACUGUCACUAUGGGAGUUGGCGCAAUCCUGGCCGUGGUGCUUCUAUUCCACCUGCAGCGGAAAUCGGGCUUGUAUACUGACCCGCGCGGCCUGGCUGGCAUUGCGGCCAUGGCAGCGCAGUCACCGAUUCUGGCAGACUUUGAGACUAUGGAUAAUAACAUUCACGAUGACAUCCAUGAGAAACUCAAGGAUCGACGAUACAUUUUGAGAAACUUUCGGCUUGGGCUGCAGGGCGAAGGCGAAAUCAAGGAAAAGAUCGCCCCGGAUUCCUCGAAGCCGCGCGAGCCCGAAAGUCCUCUGCCUAUCAUCCUGCGACCUAUUUGGAUGAUCUCCUUCAUCGUCUUUCUCGGGGGCUGUCUCCCCUGGAUCCCCGUCGUGUGCUUCACCUCUCUAAACGUCAUCACUACUACAUUACCCUGGCUGCCUGUUCUCAUCUCUUCCAUCAUCCGACAGGUGUGGGCCACACUCGACUUCAACCUGAAGUUGAUGGAGCCAUACUACCGACUCUCCAAAGGAAACGAACGACCGGACAGAACAUUGACCCUGGACUACCAAGGCACACCCUACGGCAUCCUGCCCUGCAAAGCGCUCUGGAACGGCCACUAUCUCGUCGCCAUGGUAGGAUUUGGGACGAUCCUCGGCGACGUGCUCACCGUAACCCUCACAUCACUGUCCACGGCGACCGAAACGUACCGGACGUUCUCGAUCUCCGCGAUUCUUUCUAUCAUCAUCGUUUUUAUUCAUAUUUGCUCUGCUCUGGCGGUCUACUUCCGUCGUAGCAGACGUCCAUUUAUGCCUCGGCAGCCUGCCACCAUCGCGUCGAUUCUGGCCUUCAUUCACGAAUCGCGUCUGCUGGAUGACUUUGCGGGUACCGAGAUGUACACGAGCAAGCAGAUUCGCGAAAUGCUGGUUAUGAAGAACAAACGAUACUCGCUGGGCUGGUUCCAGUGUCGGGAUGGGAAGAUUCGUUGCGCUGUUGACCAGGAGCCUCGGGUAAGCAAAUAUAUUCAUGGGGAGGGUUAUACCCCUGAUCCUUAG